CUUUAGGUCUCCUAGCAACAAGUAGCAUAUGAGGACGGCCGCUGAGUUGAUACCUGUUAAGAAACUCUCAAUUUGUGCCCUGAAAAGCCGUAAUGGAGAUAUCAAUGCCUCCACCUCAGAUAUAUGUAGAAAAAACUCUGGCCAUUAUCAAACCAGAUAUUGUUGACAAAGAGGAGGAGAUACAAGAUAUUAUUCUUAGAUCCGGAUUCACCAUUGUUCAGAGAAGAAAACUACACCUCAGCCCUGAGCAAUGUAGUAACUUUUAUGUGGAACAGUAUGGAAAAAUGUUUUUCCCCAACUUAACAGCUUACAUGAGUUCUGGACCGCUUGUCGCCAUGAUAUUAGCUAGACAUAAAGCCAUCUCUUAUUGGUUAGAACUUUUGGGACCAAAUAGUAGCUUAGUAGCGAAGGAGACACAUCCAGACAGUCUGAGGGCAAUUUAUGGCACAGAUGACCUAAGGAAUGCACUUCAUGGGAGUAAUGACUUUGCUGCUGCGGAAAGAGAAAUACGUUUUAUGUUUCCUGAAGUGAUUGUUGAGCCCAUUCCAGUUGGACAAGCUGCUAAGGACUAUUUAAAUUUACAUAUAAUGCCAACUCUGCUUGAAGGACUCACAGAGCUUUGUAAGCAAAAACCAGCAGAUCCUUUGUUUUGGUAUAUGUGCUGCCGAAGAGAGCACUGGACUCUCAGGUCUAUUCUAUUGGUCUGCAUGUCUGGCAUAAGGAUGUCAUUACCACACUGUGCUGACUACUGUAGCUUUGUAGAAGGUUUCGAAAUUGAGAGUACAAGUCAGUCCUCCAACUUUGUUCUUUUUCAUGAUUGUUUUGGCUCCUCAGAGCCCCUUGCAAUUUCAUAUGAAUUUGAGGAUUGGCUUUCCAUUUCUGCAAAAAAAGCUUGUUGGACAUUUGGCAAGAGCUGCACUGGAUCUGUAGAUUGCUUUGGGUAGUAUUGACAUCUUAACAAUAUCAAGUCUCCGUAUCCAUGAAAAAUAAUGUCUUCUCAUUUAUUUAGGUAUUCUUUAAUUUCUUUCAGCAAUGUUUUACAGUUCUUAAUGUAUAAGCCUUUCACUUCUUGGGUUAAAUUUAUCCCUUGGCAUUUUAUUUGUCUUUAUGCUACUGUAAAUGAAAGUGAUUUAAAAAUUUUUUUUGGACUGUCAUUGCUGAUGUAUAGAAAUACAGUUGAUUUUUGUGUAUUGUAACCUACAUCUUUGCUGAAUUUAUUAGCUCUAGUGGCUUCCUUGUAAAUUCCUUAGGGUUUUCCACAUAUAGGUUUAUGCCAUCUGUGAAAAGAGAUAGUUUUACUUCUUUCUUUCCAGUUUGGAUCUAUUCUUGACGAUCUUGCAUAAUGUAAAUCCAAAUGUUUCCAUUUUUAAUGGUCAUUUUCUUAAAGUGAUUUUGAAAACUGUUUAAGUUUCCAAUUGAUAUAGUAUAUAUUGAAAGGAAAUAUGUAACUGUUUCUUAACUUAGGUUGUUUUUUUUUUUCCCAUAGAUUUGGCUAGCUGAUUGGCUGCUGAAAAAUAAUCCUAACAAACCCAAACUUUGUCACCAUCCAAUUGUAGAAGAACCUUAUUUAAAAAAAAAUCCUCAAAAGAACAAAUCAUGAACUAUCUUAUUGUAAAAGGCUGUACUUCUACUAUUUGAAAAAAUUAUUUCUAGGGUUUAAGUAACUACAAGUAAAAUAAAUUUAUUUCUUAAAAAUAAGUGUUAAAGGAAUAACUAUUCUAUGAAGCAGAUAACAUUAAGGUAAAAUAUAGGCUUAGAGUAUGAUUUUAACAAUGAUGUAACACUAGGUAAUGGAAAACUGAUGUAAGAUGUUGCUAGAUGUUUUUGUUUUUCUUAAGUUUGAGAAGUAAGACAUAAAGUUUAGUUAUACAUUUUCCCAAGCACAUAUGCUAUAUCUAAAUACAUAAUUAAUGCACAGUUGAGACAGUCUAGUUUAAAAGGCUUAGGUCCUUUUGUAGUCCAUAAGCAUGGUGAUUUGGUUUCAUGCUCAUGUAUGAGAUAUGCUUCCCUCAAACCUUGUUACAGCAUCAUCACAUUACCUGUUUGAUGUAAAAAAUAAAAAAUAGAAAGGUGUAA